AUGAGACAUGAAGAUAGAUCUAGAAGAAGUUUCAUCUCCUUUGUUAAUUCUCCCGAUGUCAGGAAGGAGAGAGUGGUCGAGAUCAAAAGAGAAGUCCGCAGUUAUUUCGAGGAUAACUUUCAUGAGGCGAACAGGUCCAGACCGGUGCUCAAUGAAGUGGAUUUGUUUAAGCUCUCUAAUAAAGAUAGCAAGAGUUUGAAGGUGGUUUUCACAGAAGAAGAAAUCAAGGCAGCAACGUGGAGUUGUAAUGGCAAUAAGAGCCCUAACCCUGACGCUUUCAGUUUUAGUUUUUUGCAGAAAAUUUUGUCCAAAAUCUUGGCUACUCGAUUAAAGAAGAUCACAGGUUCUAUUGUUUCAGCAGAACAAACAACUUUUGUUCCUGGCAGGAGUAUCUUAGAUGGUGUAGUCGUGGUCAAUGAGUUGUUGGAUCUUGUGAAACGGUUGAAAAGGGAGUGUAUGGAUCUACGUCCAUUUCUUAUUAAUGGAAGUGCAACUAAGGAUAUUGUAGUGGGCAAAGGGCUGAGGAAAGGAGACCUUUUGUCACCACUCCUUUUCAUAUUAGUUAUGGAAGGCCUGACAAGGUCAUUGAAGAAAGCGGUACAUUUGAGAUUAUUUAACGGUUUCAAGGUGAAUGAAGAGGUUACUUAUAACAUUGUCCAGUUUGUAGACGAUACUCUUUUUAUUGGAGAUAUUAGUUGGGAUAAUAUUUGGUGUAUUAAAGCCUUGCUUAGAGGUUUUGAAAUGAUUUUGGGUCUUAGGGUUAAUUUUUAUAAGAGCAGCAUAGAUGGAGUCAAUCUGAGUUCAUAA